AUGUCAGCCAGAAAGGGCUAUCUGCUCCCUUCGCCAAAUUAUCCCACAACAAUGUCAUGCUCGGAGAGCCCCGCCGCGAACUCUUUUUUGGUCGACGCGCUCAUCAGCUCCGGCAGAGGCGAGGCCGGCGGUGGCGGCGGCGGCGGCGGCGGCGGCGGUGGCGGCGCGGGGGGCGGCGGCGGCGGCUACUACGGGCACGGCGGGGUCUACCUGCCUCCGGCCGCCGACCUGCCCUACGGGCUGCAGAGCUGCGGGCUCUUCCCGGCGCUGGGCGGCAAGCGCAAUGAGGCGGCGUCGCCGGGGGGCGCGGGCGGCGGCGGGGGCCUGGGCCCCGGGGCUCACGGCUACGCGCCCGCGCCCGUAGACCUGUGGCUGGACGCGCCCCGCUCGUGCCGCAUGGAGCCGCCCGAAGGGCCGCCGCCGCCGCCGCCCCCGCCGCCGCAGCCCCCGCCGCCGGCCACCGCGUGCUCCUUCGCGCAGAACAUCAAAGAGGAGAGCUCCUACUGCCUGUACGACUCGGCGGACAAAUGCCCCAAAGCCUCGGCCGCCGCCGCCGCCGCCGAGCUGGCCCCCUUCCCGCGGGGCCCGCCGCCCGACGGCUGUGCCCUGGGCAGCUCCGGCGGGGUGCCCGUGCCCGGCUACUUCCGCCUCUCGCAGGCCUACGGCACGGCCAAGGGCUACGGCGGCGGCGGCGGUGGCGGUGGCAGCGGCGGCGGCGGUGGCGGCGCGCAGCAGCUCGGCGCCGGCCAGUUCCCCGCGCAGCCCCCGGGCCGCGGCUUCGACCCGCCGCCCGCGCUCGCCACCGGUUCGGCCGACGCCGCCCGCAAGGAGCGAGCCCUCGAUUCGCCGCCGCCCCCCACGCUGCCGUGCGCCGGGGGCAGCGGCGGUUCCCAGGGCGACGAGGAGGCGCACGCGUCGUCCUCGGCGGCCGAGGAGCUGUCCCCGGCCCCUUCCGAGAGCAGCAAAGCCUCGCCCGAGAAGGACUCCCUGGGCAAUUCCAAAGGCGAAAAUGCAGCCAACUGGCUCACGGCAAAGAGUGGCCGGAAGAAGCGCUGCCCCUACACCAAGCACCAGACGCUAGAGCUGGAGAAGGAGUUUCUGUUCAACAUGUACCUUACUCGCGAGCGGCGCCUAGAGAUCAGCCGCAGCGUCCACCUCACGGACAGACAAGUGAAAAUCUGGUUUCAGAAUCGGAGGAUGAAACUGAAGAAAAUGAACCGAGAGAAUCGGAUCCGGGAGCUUACAGCCAACUUUAAUUUUUCCUGA